AGAUUAGGAGCCCAAAUAUUGAAGUAAGAUAUAUUACUUAUUUACCAAAAAAAUAAAAACAUUGAAUCUUCUUUCAUCGAUCUCUCCUCAAGACAUAGCAUAAGAAAAUGAAGAUAUCAUCACUAGGAUGGGUCUUUGUCCUUAUCUUCAUCUCUAUUACCAUUGUUUCGAGUGCACAAGCACCUCCACCUCCUAAACCUAAGCCUGCACCAGCCCCAACACCAGCACCUAAACCUAAGCCUGCACCAGCACCAACACCAGCACCUAAACCUAAACCUGCACCUACACCUGCACCUAAACCUGCACCAGCACCAACACCAGCACCUAAACCUAAACCUGCACCUAAACCUGCACCAGGUGGAGAAGUUGAGGAUGAAACCGAGUUUAGCUACGAGAUGAAAGGAAACAAGGGGCCAGCGAAAUGGGGAACACUACAUGCAGAGUGGAAAAUGUGUGGAACAGGCAAAAUGCAAUCUCCGAUUGAUCUUAGGGACAAAAAUGUCGUAGUUAGUAAUAAAUUUGGAUCUCUUCGUAGCCAGUAUCUGCCUUCUAAUACAACUAUUAAGAACAGAGGUCAUGAUAUCAUGUUGAAAUUUAAAGGAGGGAAUAAAGGUAUUGGUGUCACCAUCCGUGGUAUCAAAUAUCAACUUCAACAACUUCAUUGGCACUCUCCUUCCGAACAUACAAUCAAUGGCAAAAGGUUUGCGCUUGAGGAACAUUUGGUUCACGAGAGCAAAGAUAAACGCUACGCUGUUGUCGCUUUCUUAUACAAACUCGGAGCAUCUAACCCUUUUCUCCUUUCGUUGGAAAAACAAUUGAAGAAGAUAACUGAUACACAUGCUUCUGAGGAACAUGUCGGAAUCAUUGAUCCCCAAAAACUCAGUUUUGAAUCAAUACAUUAUUAUAGAUAUUCCGGAUCACUUACAGCUCCUCCAUGUUCUGAAAAUGUUAUUUGGUCCAUUUCCAAAGAGAUUCGCACUGUGUCAAGUAAACAAGUGAAGCUUCUCCGUGUGGCUGUACACGAUGCUUCAGAUUCAAAUGCGAGGCCGCUUCAAGCAAUCAAUAAGCGCAUGGGAUCACAUUAGUUUCAGUUCUCUCAGAUUCAGUUUGUAGUAUGACAUUAGUUAAUGAGCGCAUGAAAAAAACUGAGAAUUGAUCACACAGAAGUUUCUAGCUCAGACAUCUUCAUUAGCUUUUAGUUCAGAGCAAUCCUCUUGUCUAAAUACAAUGGAAGAGAAUAUAAUGGAACGUUUUUA